AUGGUCAUCGAAAACAAGGCGUUGGCCGUCAACCCCAUCGACUGGAUCAUCAGCCUGCGGGGCUUCUUGGUGCAGGAGUUCCCCGUGAUUUUGGGCUUGGACUGUGCCGGGGUGGUGGUUUCCGUGGGCCUGGAGGCCGCAGCGUCUUUCUCGGUGGGGGACCGUGUUUUGGCCUUGACCGAGAGCAUUUUCUCGCCGCUCCAGGACAAGGGCGGGUUCCAGAAAUACUCGGCCGUGCGCACUCUCACCGCCAGCAGGCUCCCGCAAAACACCACUUUCGUGGAGGGCUCGACGUUCCCUUUGGCCGCGUUGACCGCGGCAAUCGGCUUGUUCCACAAGGACCACUUGGCGCUCGACUUGCCGCAAACACCCGCGGCCCCCCACAACGGGAAGACGGUCUUGGUGUGGGGCGGCGCGUCCAGCGUGGGCGCCAACGCCAUCCAGAUGACCGUUGCGGCCGGGUACUGUGUGGUGACCACGGCGUCGGCCAGCGAUUUUGAGCUCGUGCGCCGCGCAGGCGCCACCCACGUGUUCGACUACCGCAAGCCGUCCGUGGUGGGGAGCGUGCUUGCCGUGCUUGGCGGCACGGACUUCGUGGGCACGUUUGUGGCGGCGGCCAAGGGCGUGUCGUUCAGGCACGCGUCCAAAAUCACGGCCGCGGCGCCGGGCGUGCGGCACAUGGUCAGCGCGCCCUUGUACCCGCUGGGCUUCGAGAGCGACGUCACAAGCACCUGGACGGACCUCGGCGUGGCGAACUACCUGGCCGAAACCCGCCGCCUUGCCACCCAUGUGUUCCACGACUUUCUCCCCCGUGCCUUGGCGACCCGGGCCAUCAGCGUGACGCCGGCGCCGCGCGUGUUGGGCCGCGGCCUCGACAAGCUCCAGGCCGCGUUGGACAUCAUGGCGGAGGGGGUGUCUGCCGAGAAGCUCGUGGUGGAGAUGUAG